AUUCUCUUCUCCGGCUCUUCAACGCCUCUAGCAUCUUCCCCCUUUCUCUCUCUUCAUGUGAUACACCACUUGUUGAGUAUUGGUGAUACUUAUUAUACUAGCUGCUAGCAAGGUAAACUUUUCCCCUUCAAACAGAGAAACAGAGGAAGAGAAGCCUAUUUUUCAUACCAAUCCUGCAACAUCUUUCUUAACUCAUCAUGGGAACUCAGGCAGAUACAGAUAUGGAUGAAAAACUAGCGCAACAGAAAGCAAUUGAUGACUGGCUUCCAAUUACUUCUUCAAGGAAUGCCAAAUGGUGGUACUCAGCAUUCCACAAUGUCACUGCCAUGGUUGGAGCUGGUGUUCUUAGUCUCCCUUAUGCUAUGUCUGAACUUGGAUGGGGACCUGGUGUGACUGUACUGAUCCUCUCAUGGAUCAUCACCUUGUACACGCUGUGGCAAAUGGUUGAGAUGCAUGAAAUGGUUCCUGGAAAACGAUUUGACAGAUACCAUGAACUGGGUCAGCAUGCCUUUGGUGAAAAGCUUGGUCUUUACAUUGUGGUGCCUCAACAACUUAUAGUUGAAAUUGGGGUGAACAUUGUGUACAUGGUCACUGGGGGGAGAUCAUUGCAGAAGUUCCAUGAUACAGUGUGUCCUGACUGCAAAAAGAUCAAAUUGACCUUUUUCAUCAUGAUUUUUGCCUCUGUUCACUUUGUAUUGUCUCACCUCCCCAACUUCAACUCCAUUUCUGGUGUAUCUUUGGCUGCAGCAGUCAUGUCCUUAAGCUAUUCUACAAUUGCUUGGGGAGCUUCUGCUCAUAAGGGUGUUGUAGAAGAUGUGCAAUAUGGUUACAAAGCUAAGAGUACAGCAGGUACAGUUUUCAACUUCUUUAGUGCCCUUGGGGAUGUGGCUUUUGCCUAUGCUGGACACAAUGUGGUGCUGGAAAUCCAAGCAACAAUUCCAUCUACACCAGAGAAGCCAUCCAAGGGUCCUAUGUGGAGAGGAGUGGUGGUCGCCUACAUAGUCGUGGCUCUGUGCUACUUCCCGGUUGCUCUAGUCGGUUACUGGAUGUUCGGGAACACGGUUGACGACAACAUCCUCGUCACCCUAGAGAAGCCAAGAUGGCUAAUUGCCAUGGCUAACAUGUUUGUUGUUGUCCAUGUUAUUGGAAGUUAUCAGAUCUAUGCAAUGCCAGUGUUUGACAUGAUUGAAACUGUGAUGGUGAAGAAGUUGCACUUCAAACCUACCAGAAUACUUCGUUUCAUUGUGCGCAAUUUGUAUGUUGCAUUCACAAUGUUCCUUGCUAUAACCUUCCCCUUUUUCGGCGGUCUCCUUGGAUUUUUCGGAGGAUUUGCUUUUGCUCCAACAACAUAUUUUCUUCCCUGUGUCAUGUGGCUUGCUAUCAAAAAACCAAGGAAAUACAGCUUGUCAUGGUGCACUAACUGGAUCUGCAUUGUGCUUGGCCUGUGUUUGAUGAUUCUAUCACCUAUUGGAGGAUUGAGGACAAUCAUAAUUAAAGCCAAGAAGUACGAGUUCUACUCUUAAACUCAUUCCCCACUGAACCAAUGAUGCGAAGGUGUAGCAAGCAAGUUACUCAAUGAUAUUUACUUAAUAGAUUAGAUGAGGAGCUUCCACACACCCUGCAUUUAGGUGGAAAAGAAAAUUAUGGCUACAAAACAAGUUAAAGAGAAUUUUAUAGAUGUCAUCUUUGUCAUUUUUAUAUUACUCUGAAUGUAUAUUGGUUUUCUCUUUGUUUGGCUUUGCUAUAUUAUUUUUUUUUCCAACACUCGAGUUCAUACUUGAACACCUUUAGUAAUGGUUUACCGUCUAAUGGUUUUUCAGUCAA